CAUUGGCCGCUUGCUUCUCGAAAUCUUCGGUCGAGACCCUCGCACCUUUUGACGAGAGACUAUUCGUAUCGUUCCAUGUGCGCAUCAUUGGCGAACCUGAUUGUGAAAUGAGUUUUGAGACCAAAUAG